CACACUCCCCUCAUUACCAACCACACACUCACACAUAGGCUUUUCCUCAGGCACACCCCACUGGGCAGGUGGCCUCUGCUCAGAUCAGUAGCUGUGGUAGAAACCAACUUGACUGACUCACUGAGGUUUGGAUCCUCCCUGACCGUGGGAGUGUGCAGAGUUAGGAGAGCUUCACUUUCCUCCCCAGUGCAGAGGGACUGCACGCCAGGCACGAGGCUCCCCUACUCCUCCCCUCUCCCACUCUGCCUUUUCCUGGGCUAGCGUCCAAAGAAUGACUGGCUCUAGUGGACCCAAAAGGAGGAACGCAGCCUGAGGAUACAGUAAAGCAGCUCCAGCCCUGCCUGCCUGCCUGCCUGCUGGGACACACAAAUGCAUUGAGUUUUUACAAAUCAGCUCACACACCUCUGUGGGAUUCACAGACUUGAUUUUUUUUCUUUCUAUCAACAGAUAAGGAAGACUGGAUUUAAACUGGGCAUAAAGACAGACAAACAAACAGACGGACUGACAUAUGGACAGAGAGCAGUGGGCACUGCGGCGUGAAUGUAGCAACUGGACUUCUCUUCGCUGUGGUUACUAAGACUAAAAGAAGGAUAACAACCCGAGCACUAUCCUGUCCACAGAGGUAGUGGGUGGAUGCAGCUCUCAUCACACUGCUAUAGGGGAAAGCAGAGACUGUAUAGAAGCUGCAGAGAUACAUCGAGUUGAUCCACACUGUGGUGAUCUUCAGAUAAUGGAGUGUUACCUCCAAGUAGACUUUUGUUGGAUUGCUUUCUGCUAAUAAAACCUGUUUGCAGGAACUUGCAGUGAAGACUUCUUUUCUUUUCAUGGACUUUACUGUCCGUGUUUAUUGGACUUGCAGGAUACCUGUGUAGACAAACGUGGAGUGUGUGUAUUAAAGAGGAUGGCAGAGUGCAUAAGGACUGUGUAUUUCACAAUGAUGCUGCUGUAUCUUGUUCUGCUGGGCACGGCUCACACUGCCCAAAGCAUCUACCCAAGAAUACGGCUUUCCCACAACGAGCUUUGGCAGCUGAACAGGACCUGGGUGUUCCAGGCACAUGGAGCGUCUCUUCAGCCCCAGACCAUGCUGCUGGAUGAGAGCCACGAGAGGAUGUAUGUUGGGGCCAAGAAUACUCUGUUCUCCCUUAGCCUGGACCAGGUUAACACACACCACAGAGAGAUCCAGUGGGCCACUACAGAAUCUCAGAUUGAGGAGUGUUUGAUGAAGGGGAGGGAAAAGUCGGAGUGUGCUAACUACAUCAAGGUCCUGCAACAGUACAACCAGACCCAUCUGCUGGUCUGUGGAACGGGAGCCUUUAACCCAGUUUGUGUCCUGGUCAGAGUGGGACACACAGGGCAGGAUAAGCUGUUUUCUCUUGAAGAAGACAGCAUCAUGAGUGGCAGAGGACGCUGUCCAUACGAUCCUAACAGUCCCUGUACGUCUACACUCUCCAGAGGAGAGCUGUAUAUUGGUCUUUACACUGACUACUGGGAGAAUGAUGGUGCUUUCUGCCGACUGAACAAUCAGACCUACACGCGCACUGAAAGAGACGACAGGCAGCAACUCAAUGAACCUAAAUUUGUGGGGUCGGCAGUUAUUCCAGACAACGAUGACAGGGAUGAUGAUAAAGUGUACUUCUUCUUCACUGAGCGAGAGAUGAAUGCUGAAGGAGUGAACAAGGCUGUGUAUACUCGUGUUGGGCGAAUCUGUGCGAAUGACCAAGGAGGACAGAGAAUGCUGGUGAAUAGAUGGAGCUCCUUCCUGAAAACUCGUCUUAUCUGCUCUGUGGCUGGACCAAAUGGCAUUGAUACACACUUUGAUGAACUUGAGGAUGUGUUUGUGCUCAAGAACAAGGAUGGCAAAAACCCAGAAAUCUUUGGCCUAUUUAGCACAACAAGUGCGGUGUUUAAAGGUUUUGCAGUGUGUGUCUAUCACAUGGAUGAUAUAAGAGCAGCCUUUAACGGUCCAUUUGCUUACCGAGAGAGGCCUGAGCAUCACUGGACACCUUAUGAGGGUAGAGUCCCCUACCCUCGACCUGGAUCUUGUGCCAGUAAAGUGAACGGUGGUGGCUUCUCCAGCUCUAUGGAGUUUCCUGAUGAGGUUUUGCGGUUUGUGCGUUCGCAUCCUGUGAUGUAUCGUCCAGUCCUUCCCCAGCAUCGAAGACCUGUCCUGCUGCAGACAGAGGGCAGGAGGAAGCUGACCCAGAUCGCUGUGGACAGAGUCCAAGCCCAGGACGGACAUUACCAUGUUCUCUACAUCGGAACCGACGACUCAGUGGUGUUGAAAGUUAUCACCAUCUACAACAAAGACACAGACUCUAUGGAGGAGGUGUUGCUGGAAGAGCUGCAAGUAUUCAAGGUGCCAGCCCCAAUAAGGGAAAUCAUAAUAUCACCUAAAAGGCAACAGCUGUAUGUGGGGUCGGAGGUGGGUGUGGCCCAGGUCAGACUGCAUCAGUGUGACCUCUACGGCUCAGAAUGUGCUGACUGUUGUCUGGCCAGAGACCCCUACUGUGCAUGGGAUGGUCUAACCUGCUCCAGAUAUUACCCUGCUGGAGUCUACCCUAAAAGCAGACGAUUCAGGCGGCAGGAUAUUCGCCAUGGCAACGCCGUUCAGCUGUGCAAUGGGCUGCAAAUUGAUGAUGAACAACGACCCAGAUCUGAGGAGAGGCUGGUUUACGGUGUGGAGAGCAACAGCACUUUACUCGAGUGUGUCCCUCGAUCACUUCAGGCCAAGGUCCUCUGGUUUUUACAGAAAGACGAAGAGAAACAUGAGGUUCGAGGUGAUGAGCGAGUUAUAAUGACCACCCACGGGCUGCUGUUUUUACGAGUGAGAAGCUCCGAUGCUGGUGUGUACGUGUGCCAGACUGCCGAACAUGGAUAUGUGCACACAUUGUUACGUAUCUCUCUACACGUGCUCAGAGGGGAGAGGGUGGAGUCGGCGAUCAAUAGGGCUAAUGAUGGGGACGGAGAGAAAGCUGCAGCUCCAUGCCCCUUCUUCUUGGGCCCCCUACCAGGCCCCAGCAGCAGCCCCAGGGCCCUGGUGCCAUCCUCAGUCCCAGGCCCCCACUCCAGGCUGUGGUACAAGGAGUUUCUCCAGCUGAUUGGCUACGGGGAUGCCCAGAGAGUAGAGGAGUACUGCGAGAGAGUGUGGUGCUCCGAUAAAAAACGUAAAAAGGGCAAAAGGAAGUAUGUUUCUCCAGGUGGCGAGAAGAGAGGGAAAGGAAAAAGAGAGGAGAACUCCCACCGAGUGCCCAGGCAAACCUUGGACGCCUGAGGAGAGCAGAGAUUGACUGCAUACACACACACUCACACACACUCACACACACAGUCUAAAGGUCAGAGUCACUCUGUGUUUGCACCAUGUAAAAGGUUUUAACAUUGCUUACAACAUGAGCAGCAACAGAAAAACAACAGUAGCAGGCUGUAUAGCUGUAGUAGCUUCAUUACAUAUCAUUCAGUAGUUUAAUCAUGAUGUUUUCAUUGAAAAAGCAGCAUUUUGCCCUAUGUGUGUGGUGUUUUCUGAUUAUGUGGCGCAGACCCUGGGUAAAUACUAUAAAUGUCAGAGUCAGAGUAGAGGCCCUGGGAAAAAACGGACGACUGUUUGGCGAUGUUGCCUCGGACUUGAAGAGAAAAAUUAUAAUAUUUAUACUCCUGUGGACUGACCCAGCCCGAUCCAACGCACACAGAGACUGCCCCAUCUCUCCUUCAAUGGCUCAAUAUGACAAACUCUUAGUGUAUCUAUUAAGAGAGAAAACUAUGAUAAAGCUAAAGGCCUUUUAAUCUUUUAUUUUGUACUAUGAUAACUUAUUUUCUUGGUCUUUACGUUGAGUUCUGUAGUUGUUUUUAGAUGACAUGAACUGGCAAAUGUAGUGUUAUUGUUUUUGUACAGUGAAAAAUGCCUUGAGUUUAAUGAUACUGCUAAUUUGAUAUACAGUAAUGUGGUCACAGCUGUGGUGGGUGUGGUUAUAUUGACCACAAUGCAUACAGUAAGAUGUUGCAAUGCCACUAAUAUGGGUAUUUGAGGCAUGUUUUAUUAUAAUUAUGCCCCCAAUGGAAAUAAUUACUAUCUAAGCACUUGUGAAAACUGUAGAUGAAAAGUAGGCUGAUCCGUAUGUAUUGUUGUAAUUCUAAGUGUCUACAUUUAUAUUGACACAAUUGGGGUCAAAUGUACCAACAGUAUUGUGUGUAUUGUAUAUUGUAUUUAUCAAAAAAUAUUACAGUGUUUUUAUGUGCACAUCUGGUAAAUAACUGUGUAUUCGAAAAAGUAAUCCUUCUCAGCUGGCUGCUCCAACCUCUCUCACUUUCUCUCUUACUCUUUCUCUCCCUCGCCUUCCACCCCUCUUAAACCAGUCUGUCCUCUUUUUGGUUGUUUGUUAUUGUGUUGCACAUGGGAUUCAUAAUCGCCACUACAAAAUAGACAUGUAGAACACCACAUUACUUUAUUAUUAAGAGCAUUUUUAGGAUGACCAUACAAGCAUGCCCUUAAAAACUGAUGAGUCAGUUUCAUGAAUAUGCAGUUCAUCUGAGAUGACGGACACAUCAAACAAUCUGAUGCUUCAGUGAAUUGUAGCAGUUGUGCUAAAGAUAUCCAUGCUGUGCCUUAUUUAUCUCUUAAUUGUGUCACUGUAGAGUCUGCCCUUGUUGUAUUCCAUGUGUUCAUAAUGGGGUUAAAUGGAAUGUUCCUCAACUAACAGCUUUGACUGAGGUUGGAAAUGUUGUGUCUGCUAUGCCCCUUAUAAAUACCUGCCAUUAAAAAAAGACGGAUCGACCCUUUCAUGUUGUCAUCUGGUUGUAACUAUCAAUAAUCACGUAGUGUACCGAGUCUACGUCCACACACAUAAAAGAGUGAGAGAGCUGUGUGCAGCGAUCACUUCGAAUAAACCAACAUUUUCAUAAUUAUUCAACACUUUGAAUUUAACUGAUCGGCACAAUUAACAUGAUAUUUAAAAUGUGGUUUUUGCAAAUUGUGCACCAUAUGCUGGG